AUGUUUUUACCAAUGGAAGAAAUAAUUAAUAAAGCAGAUAAAUUACAUGACCAAUGUAAACAUGAUGAAAUCAUUGAAUUUAUUAAUCAACAAGAGGACCAAGAUAAUGUCAAUAAGAAUGUUGAAAUCAAUUGGAGAUUAGCUCGUGCAUAUUAUAAUCAAAGUGAUUUAGAAGAAGAUAGAGAUACAAAAUUAAAAUAUAUUCAAACUUCAUUAGAAAUAAUAAAUAAAUUCAUACCAACUAAUGAACAUCCUGAUUUAUAUAAAUGGUGGGCAAUUUCAACAUCAGGAUUAGGUGAAUUUUUAAGUUCAAAAGAAAAAGUGGGAAAUGCACCAAAAAUUCAAGAGUAUGCAUUAAAAUCUUUAAAUUUACGACCAAAUGAUAGUAUAACCUUAUUUUUAUUAGGAAGAUGGAGUUAUUCAGUGGCAUCAAUAAGUUGGAUUGAGAGGGGUGUUGCAAAUGCUUUAUUUGGUAAAGUGCCAAAUGCAACAUACCAAGAAGCAUUGGAUUAUUUUUUAAGUUCCUAUCAAAUUGAUCCAACUUUAAUUAGAUGUAUAGUUUCAAUCGCUGAUUGUUACACUCAAUUAAAACAAUAUGAAAAAGCAAAUGAAUAUUACACCAUUGCUGCCUCAAUGACACCAAAGAAUAAAUUUGAAGAGAAAUUCGUUUUAGAAGCAAAAAAUAAAAUUUAA